UGUGUGCAUAUUGUAGAGCAGGAUAUUUGGGAAAAGUUAGCGCAUCUGGAUGGACUCAUAAUUUCUAUGAUCGUGUCUCGUGGUCAUCAUUGAUUUUUUUUUUUAAACAUUAGAAUAUAGUGUAGCUUAAGCUGCGAUAUGGCUGAUCGAGGAGACCAGCAACGAAAACCCCGAGGUAGAGGUUGGGGCAGAGGGCGUGCUGGUGCUGCCAGGCAAGAUGCACCAGCACAACAGGCCCGAAGACCUGGGCAAGAAGAAGUAGCACCACCGCCACAAAUGCCUCCACCAGCAGAAGUGCAUCCUCCACGUGCUGGAGGACGAAGGACUCACCGUGGAGUUCCACGUGAAGAUCCUCCUUCACAGGCAUCAGUGGCUGAGAUUCAAGAAACUCAGUUGCAGCAAUCCAUGGCUGCUAUGAGCAUUGAGACACAGUAUGCCGAAAGUGCUGUAGCAUCCGGCAGAGGUCGUAGUCAUCAGCCAUUUGUUGAACAAGCCACAAGACCAGCAAACCUCAAUGAUAAACGAGGUACAUCUGGUGAAAAAAUUGGCUUGAUGGCAAAUUAUUUUGAAGUUCUUUCUCGGCCAGCAUGGGCUAUUUUUCAGUACCAUGUUGACUUUGCACCCCUAGUAGAAAGCUCCAAGUUGCGACACAUAUUUAUACGAGACCACAAAGAGACUCUCGGUGAUUGCUUUUUAUUUGAUGGUAUGUCUGAUUUGAAGACAUUAAGGAGACUGGAAGAUGGACUAGAAUUGUUUUCUACUAGAACUACUGAUGAUGAGACCAUCCGUUUGAAAUUCAAAUUUGUUGCAGAAUUGGCUCCAUCUCAUCCUGAACUUCAGAGACUUUUCAACACUCAAAUGCGACGAAAUUUACGACAUAUGAAAUACCAGCUACUUGGCCGCCACUACUUUGAUCAAAAUGCUAUUUCUGAAAUACCACAGUUCAAUUUACAGAUUUGGCAAGGUGUCAUUACAUCUAUACGUACUCAAGAAGAAAAGUUGAUGAUGUCAGUUGAUACUGUACACAAAGUUGUACGUAGAGAAACUGCCCUGCAAAUAAUUACAGACUGUGCUCGAACUUCAGAUCCUAAUUAUCGAGAAAAUGUAGCUCGUGAGUUAGUUGGUUGUGUGGUUAUGACAAAAUACAACAACCGCACCUAUUCAGUUGAAGAUGUUGAUUGGAAUUUAAAUCCAACAUCGACAUUCGAAUCUAAAGAAGGUCCUCGUACCUAUCUUAAAUAUUAUAAGCAGCAAUAUGAUAUAAACAUUCAAGAUCUGAAGCAACCACUUUUACUGUGCAAGUCUAAAGAAAAAGAAAUAAGAGGUGGUGCUAGCGUGUCCAAAGCAAUUUAUCUGGUUCCUGAAUUGUGUUGUAUGACUGGUCUGACAGAGUCUAUGAGAUCCAAUUUCGCUAUGAUGCGAGAAAUGGCUACUAAAACCCGUUUAGAUCCAUCUCAACGUGUGAAGAAUUUGCAGACAUUUAUCAACAGACUAUCUUCGAAUGAAAAUGUCAGGCGUGAAAUGGAAGCUUGGCAUCUCAGUUUUGCUGAUAGAUUGGUCCAGUUCCCAGCUAGAGUUUUACCUCCUGAAAGAAUUGUUCUGAAUACGCAGGCCGUUAAUUAUGUGCAAAGUUCUGGCGAUUUUUCCAAGGAAAUGCGUGGGAAACCUAUGUAUAAUGCAAUGUGUCUAGAUGAUUGGCUAAUGAUUUGUCCAAGAAAAGAGGAAGAAAAAGCUCGAGAUUUUCUUACUAAUCUGUAUAAGGUUUGUCCGCCUAUGGGCAUGAGGGUUCGUGCUCCAAAGAUUUUUUUGAUCAAUGACGAUAGACCUCAUGGUUACCUUAAUGCCGUUAAGGAAAAUUUGACUGAAUACACCAAGUUGAUUUGUUUUAUUGUAUCUAACAAUAAAAAAGAAAGAUAUGAUGCUCUAAAGAAGCACACCUGCUUGGACAAUGCUGUGGCAAGCCAGGUCAUUGUUGCACGAACUUUGGCCAAAAGGAAUAUGUUGAUGUCUGUUGCAACAAAAAUUGGUAUUCAGCUGAAUUGCAAAUUAGGCGGUGAACCAUGGGCAUUAGAGAUUCCUUUCAAAAUGAAAGCUAUGGUCAUUGGCUACGAUACAUAUCAUGACUCGUCCAGAAGAGGACGUUCUGCUGGGGCUUUUGUUGCAAGUAUGAACCAGAGUUUUACGCAAUGGUAUUCUAAAGUUACCUUUCAUUCAGCUGGAGGCUGGGAGGAACUGUCCAAUUACAUUCGGAUAAAUUUUACUGCUGCCUUAAGAAAAUUCAAUCAGAAGAACAACUGCCUUCCAGAUUUGAUUUUGUAUUAUCGAGAUGGAGUUGGUGAUGGUCAGAUACCGUAUGUGAUUGAAUUUGAAGUUAACCCUUGUAAGGCUGUGAUGAAAGAGUUGAUAAAAGAUCGAAGUGUCCGAUUUGCUUUUACUGUGGUGAAUAAGAAGAUAAAUACUCGUUUUUUCUACCCAUCAGAAAAUACCAUCAAAAAUCCUCCACCUGGUACAUUGGUUGAUCAUACUGUGACUCGUUAUGAUCGUUAUGAUUUUUAUUUGGUUUCCCAAUGUGUGCGACAAGGGACUGUUGCUCCUACUCAGUAUAAUGUGAUAGAAGACACCUCUGGUUUAAAACCAGAAUAUUUGCAAAGAAUUUCAUAUAAGCUUACUCAUCUUUAUUUUAAUUGGCCUGGUACAAUUCGUGUUCCUGCACCUUGCCAGUAUGCCCACAAGUUGGCAUUCUUGGCAGGACAAUCGCUUCAUCAAGAACCUCGUGAGGAGUUGACGGAUACUUUGUUUUAUCUUUAAUUUUUUUAAUGUAUUAAAACAUACAUUUUUCCCAUCCUUUUUGUGAAGAAUCUCAUAAAUUUUCAUGCCAGAGGGCUUCUUUUAUUUUUGUAAAAGAACACUGAAGAAUUAAGGAGAAGUGUUUUAGAAAUGCCAUUUUAAUACAAAAAACAUGUGUUCAGUUUUUGUUUUCAUUUCCAUAUGUGAUGAGCUUUGUUAGAAAACAUAAUUCUUGUUUUAUCUCAUAUGUGCAGAACCUUAGAUGUUUUUCUUUUGCUCAUUUUUCAAAAAGGGAACAAUUUUUUUUAAAUGUGUGAUAGCUUGAAUAACCAGUUGGAAAAAAAAAAUUUCUACAUAUAAGAGAAUAAACAAAUAUAAACUGGUGCUAGAUGCAAAAUAUUUGUUUCUGUAUUGGAUUUUGCAACUUGAACUGUAUUUCUUGUAUUGUCAAAACCAUUUUCAUUUCUUGGAUUUCCAUGGAUCAUAAAAUUUUGUUAAAUCAAAUAAAAUGUUGAUACUUGUCAGUUUUGUUCGUUUCAUCAACCAGUGUUUAAAUAAAAUGAAAAUUUGCUUAUUGAA